CUGGUUGUUGUCUUCCGCCCCAACCUGUGCGAUCUGUCUGGGCAUCUCAGCUUUCUGUGUGCGUCGCCUCGCUUCUCGCCAUUUUUUCACACAGUAGUUCCUGACCUAGGUAUCUCCAACAAGUUUUAAUCACUUAGCCACCCCAGCUUCCUCGGAAGAACGGAGUCUUUCCGGGCCGCGCAAACGUGGUCAGUAGCUAGUGCUGAUCUGCGCGUGCCUCUUUUUCAGCUUCGAUCGUGGAAUAGGCAAAAGGAGGCGGACCGGAACCAGUUUUAGCUGCCACGUUUCUGGAAGGCCUUGAGUGACGUGGAAGGCCUUGAGUGACCAGUGACCGCCGUCAGAGUUUUAGGUUUCUUUAGAAUUCUCAAGGGUAUUUUUUUGGCCGACCUGCUACUCCUUGAGUGGAGUUGAAGCCGUUGACCGCCGCCAGAGUAGGAGCCCUAAAUUACGAGCUGCAGCUCCUACGGUGGAAUCGAAGCCGUUGACGGCUUGCUCGCCUUUUGAGGCGGCGUAAAAAUUCGUUUGCUCGCCAGAAGCUGAGCCAUGGCGAAGCAUCAUCCUGAUUUGAUCAUGUGUCGGAAGCAACCGGGAAUCGCCAUCGGUCGCCUGUGCGAAAAAUGCGACGGAAAAUGCGUCGUGUGCGACUCGUACGUGCGACCCUGCACCCUCGUGCGGAUAUGCGACGAGUGCAACUACGGGUCAUACCAGGGUCGCUGUGUGAUAUGUGGAGGGCAGGGCAUAUCGGACGCGUAUUACUGCAAGGAGUGCACGCAGCAGGAGAAGGACCGAGACGGGUGUCCAAAGAUCAUUAACCUUGGUAGUGCGAGAACAGACCUCUUCUAUGAAAGGAAAAAGUAUGGCUUUAAACAGAGGGCCUAGACAUUCCCCUUUUAUGUGCAUUAGCUGCUGAAUAUAA